AUGGAAGGGGUUCAACCCCUGGAUGAGAAUGUGAGAAACGCGCCAGGUCUGAGAUUCCAGACGCACAAGCUCAUGCUGGUGGCCUCUGUGGUCCAGGGGCUGGGGCUGCUCCUGUGUCUCACCUACAUCUGCCUGCACUUUUAUGCUCCUCAGGUGCCACCUCAGUAUCCUCCAAUUCAAAGUAUCAGAGCACAAUUUACCGAGUGUGACAAUGAAAAAGGUUUCAUCCUCACAUCCCCAAGCAAGGAGGACCCCAUGAAGAUACAAGACAACUCAAUCCCCAUCCCAUGUGAUGGGUUUUAUCUCAUCUCCCUGAAGGGCUACUUCUCCCAGGAGCUCAGCCUCAGCCUUCAUUACAGGCAAAACCGGAACCCCCUCUUCUCCCAUGACAAGGUCACGUUUGUUGACUCCAUCAUCGUGGCCUCUCUGGGUUUCAAGGACAAAGUCUACUUGAAUGUGACCACUCACAAUACCUCCUGUGCAGACAUCCAGGUGAAUGGUGGGGAGUUAAUUCUCAUUCAUCAAACUCCCGAUAGAUUCUGUGCUGAAUGAGGACCUGAUGGCCACACCUAAGCCAGGCACCAAGCUCGAAUGCCACAAUGGGGGUGGACAGGACACUGGUUCUUCCUUGGUAGUGGAGGAGUCAUCCCAGAUCAGCCCCCACCUCUGGCUACACAGGAUGUGACCAGAAGAAGAUUCCCCCACUCCCACUCAGGGAUAUUUAAGACUUAUUUUACAUAUCAUUUAACUUUAUUUAUCCUCCAAUCUUCUAAAGCACCUAGCCCUCAUCCUUCACAAUUGCCUCAAGCCUGUCAGGUACCUCUGCCGAAGAAGAAAAUAGGUGCCUCUUCUUCAUGAUACCAAUUGUUUCUAUUGGUCAGGAAAUGGUCGUAAUAAACUUGCUUUAUUGAAAAAGACACUGGACGAGCAU